UCCGCUAGUGUACCUCGCUAAAAAAAUGCUCCUCCGCAAAAAGUCCACUUGGGCCGCGGAAGUACAGUAGUGAUCCACCGAAAAAUUCAUCACUACGAAAACUGGAGAAGUCGACUUUAACCUAACUUUAAGUUAAAUUUCAUUAUUCUUUUUCUUUAUACUGUUAAUGUAUGAUUAUAUGGAUUAGUAGGUAUUGUUAAUAAUGGAAAAUCAUCGAGCUAUCAUUAAAUAUAAGACUGAGAAAUCAAAUCUUGUCAAUUUACCUCCUCGGUUAGGACAUAUCUUAUCAUCAGCCAAUUUACCUCCGCAACAAAUUGUAGUUGAAUUAGUUAGUCAGACUAAUAAUAAUAAGAAAUAUUAUACUGGUUGGACAGGAUUUAGUAGUUCUGGUGGUAAAGAUAAUGUUGAAUUAGAUCCUAUAUUUGCACAAGCAUUAAAUAUUAAAGAGAAUGAUAAAGUAAUUAUUAAUAUUAAGAUUAAAAAUUAUGAAGCUACUAAUAUUAGUUUAGAACCUUUAACUAGUUCAGAUUGGGAAUUAGUUGAAUUACAUGCUCAAAACAUUGAAGAUAAAUUAUUACAACAAUCAAGAUGUGUAGCAUUAAAUCAAAUUCUUGUGGUUUAUCCCAGUGCUACAACUUCGGCUAAAUUAUUAGUCACUGAUAUAGGUAAUUCAUCAUCAACUUAUGGAAUUAUAUCACCAUAUUGUGAGAUUGCUAUUGCACCUAAAGUUCGAGAAAAGAAAGAUGACAAAUCUAAAACUACUAUUGUUAAUAAACUGUCAUCUCCUAAUAAGUUAGUUGAAGAUUAUUCUUCAUUACCUACAGUAUUAAGAAGAGGUAUAUCAUUACCUAAUGAUUUAUAUACUGAUUUACCAUUAGAUUCAGAUAUUUCUGGUUAUGAAGUCUAUGCCAAUGUAAAAGAUCUUCCUAAUGAAAUCAAAACUUCUCAUGUGGCAGUAUCAAUUGUACCUGGACCUAAUGAUAAACAACAAAAGAAUGUUGUACCAGAAGAUCCUAAUGAUACUAUAACUUAUAAAGAAAAUAAGAGAAUUAUAGCGAAAUUAAUUAAUUAUCCAGAUUCACCAGCGAAUACAAUAGGACUUUCAUCUAAACUUGCAAUUGCAUUAAAUGUUGAAUUACAAGUGGGGAAUAUUGUUGUUGUUAAACCUGCCGUAAAGAAUCUUUCCAAACGUCCUUCAACAUUUAUUAUUCAUCCAUAUAUUAUUCAAACUAAACGCAACACUCAAAUUAAUUUAAAUUCGAGUGAAAAGAAAGAUCAAGCCACUAAAUUAAUUAAUGAUUUAACGAACCAUUUAUAUUCUAAACAAACUAUUUAUAAUUAUCCUAUAACCAAUUUUAUUAAAAUUCCUAUAAUUCCUAAUAUUUUACCUUAUGGAGGAUUAUUAAGAUUUAAAAAAAAUGAUGAUAUAAAUGCUUGGAUUAAAGGUUAUAAUAUUGAAUCUAAAAAGCCCAUUAAAAUUGAAAUAGGUGAAGAAUUACUUCGAGGUUCAUCAUUUAUUGAAAUUCAAGAACAAGGGGAACAAUUAGAUGAAGCUAUAGGAUUAGAUGAUACUAUUGAAGAUAUUAUUUCAUCAUUUAUUACUUCAAAGAAUACCGGAUCUUUAGUCUAUGGUAAUGCUGGAAGUGGGAAAUCAUUAGUAUUAAAAUUAGUUGCCAAAACCAUUUCUAAACAAUAUGGAUUUUAUACAAAAUUUAUAUCAUGUGAAACACUCAUGAAUGAAAAUUUUAAUAAUUUAUCUAAAAAUUAUAUUUUUAAAUGGUUACAACAAUGUUCAUGGAAUAAACCUUCAUUAUUAAUUUUAGAUAAUUUAGAUAAAAUUUUAAAUGUAGAUAUGGAACAUGUUGAUUCAACUAAAUCUAAUCAAUUGACGGAAUUUCUAAUUUCUAAUCUUGAAAAGAUUCAAUCUCAACCAAAUUCAAAUUUAUCAAUUCUUAUAUCUUCAACUUCCAAGGAAUCAUUAAAUAAAUUAUUAUUUCAAAGUCAUUUAAUUGAAAAUUUUAAUCAUUUAACUCCUCCUGAUAAACAAUUAAGAUUUCAAAUCUUACAAGAUUAUAUUGUUAAUAAAUUAAAUUGUAAAUUAAAAUUUGAUCUUAUGGAUUUAGUUAGUGAAACUGAAGGUUAUUUACCUAAUGAUUUAAAAAUUUUAAGUGAUAGAAUUUAUCAUGAAGUAUUAUUUAAUGAUAAUAAAGACAAUGAAGUUUAUAAAGAAAAUUUUCAAAAAUCUUUAGAAGGUUAUAUUCCAUCUAAUUUAAGAGGUGUUAAAUUACAAAAGGCAUCAAUUCAAUGGUCAGAUAUUGGAGGAUUAAAAGAUGCAAAAAAUAUAUUAUUAGAAACUUUAGAAUGGCCAACAAGAUAUGCUCCAAUCUUUGAAAAUUGUCCCUUAAGACUUCGAUCAGGAAUUUUACUUUAUGGAUAUCCUGGAUGUGGAAAGACUUUAUUAGCUAGUGCUGUAGCAGGACAAUGUGGUUUAAAUUUUAUUAGUAUUAAAGGUCCAGAAAUUUUAAAUAAAUAUAUUGGAGCUUCAGAACAAUCAGUUCGAGAAUUAUUUGAACGAGCUCAAGCUGCUAAACCAUGUAUAUUAUUUUUUGAUGAAUUUGAUUCAAUUGCUCCUAAAAGAGGUCAUGAUUCAACUGGUGUAACUGAUAGAGUUGUAAAUCAAAUGUUAACUCAAAUGGAUGGAGCAGAAGGUUUAGAUGGAGUUUAUGUAUUAGCAGCCACUUCAAGACCAGAUUUAAUUGAUUCAGCAUUAUUAAGACCUGGUAGAUUAGAUAAAAGUGUUAUUUGUGAUAUGCCAAAUUAUGAAGAUCGAUUAGAUAUUUUAACUAGUAUUAGUGAAAAGAUGGAUUUAUCAUCGGAUGUUAAUUUACAAGAAAUUGCUAAAUCAACUACGGGGUUUAGUGGAGCUGAUAUACAAGGUUUAGGUUAUAAUGCUUAUUUAAAGGCUGUUCAUGUUAAAUUAUCAAAAUUAGAACAAGAAGAAAGUAGUGAAAAUAAAUCCACAACUAAUUCAAAAUUAUUUGAAUUUUAUCAAGUUAAUAAUGCAAAAUUAAACAGUAAAUCUUUAAGACCAAGUGAAAGAAUUAAAUUAUUACAUCAAAUUCAACAAUUAUUUGAUAAUAGUAAUAAAUCUGAUAAAUCUAAUGAAACUUUAACUCAAAUUAAUGAAGAUACAAAAGUUUAUAUUACUCAAGAGAAUUUUCUUGAAUCGUUAAGGGAAACCAAACCAUCUAUAUCAUUUUCAGAAAAGGCUAAACUUCUGAAAAUAUAUAAUCAAUUUGUUUCUGGUCGUGAUGGUAAUAUGCCUGAUGGAAGUGCUAGUAAUGAAAUUGGGGGUAGAACUACAUUAAUGUGAGAGAAUAUAGUAAUAUAGUAUAUAAAUAUU